GCAGCAAUGUGUUAUAAUGGUUAUAACGGCACAACUCCUUGUCGGCACUUGAUACAUGUGGUUAUGCUUGUUUUGUAAACAUCAAUGGAAAGAGAAAUAAGAAUAGCAUGAUUAGCGAUUAUCAUGGCCCUGUGUGCUUUCCGGUGAUAUCUACACAGGAAAUAUUGCACAGUGCAUUAUUAAGGAACUGAAGCACAAUGGAAUGCGGCAAUAGUAUGUCAGAAGGUACAGAAAUGGCAAGCAGUGUGGAGGCAAGGCCUUUUAAUACAUUGGCAGAAUUAUAUGAUGCUUUGGACAAUAGAUUAGUAGAAUUGCCAUUAGUGUACAACAAAGAGUUAGUAGAUUAUGUAUAUCGCGGUUCAGAAAUUAAUACACAAAAGAUUUCAUUGGAAAAAGUGUACAAAGAUGAACAACCCAGAACAUUAAUAUGCCAUGAUAUGAAAGGCGGUUAUCUUGAAGACAGAUUUAUAGGGGGUUCUACAUCUCACGAAUCUUAUGUAUUUUAUCACUGGAGUGUUGUGGAUACAUUUGUUUACUUUAGCCACCACUUUGUGACUAUUCCACCUUGCGGAUGGAUUAACGCAGCUCACCGGCAUGGUGUAAAAGUAUUGGGUACUGUGAUUACAGAAGGAAACAAUGACACUUGGGACACAAUUCUUAUGUCCCAAGAGAAUGCAAGAAAAUUUGCGAACGCUCUAAUAAAGAUUGCCAAGUAUUACCAGUUUGAAGGUUGGCUUUUGAACAUCGAAAAUAAGAUUAAACAGACGGAUAUAGAUAAUUUGAUUUACUUCGUUAAAUAUUUAACUGAGAAUAUUCACAAGGAGAUUGAAGACUCUGAGAUUAUCUGGUAUGAUAGUGUGACUAAUAAGGGCGAACUAAAUUGGCAAAACGAACUCAAUAACAAUAACAAAGAUUUUUUUUUGCAUUGCGAUGGUAUAUUUUUAAAUUAUAAUUGGACGGAAUCACGACUCAGUAAUAGUUGCAUAUGUGCAAGAGAAUUAAAUCGCGAUAUCAAAGAUAUUUACGUAGGAUUGGAUGUGUGGGGAAGAGGAUGUCCAGGUGGAGGCGGAUUUAACUCUGCAUAUGCGUUGGAUUUGAUACGAAAGAAGGAUCUUUCUGUAGCUAUCUUUGCACCGGGUUGGACACACGAGUACUUUGGUCCACGUACUUUUCAGGUGCUAGAAGAUUUAUUUUGGGCUCAACUAUUCCCAUACUUAUACGUACAUGUGCCUAUUUACGAAAACGAAACAUUUAAAAGUUCUUUUUGUCGAGGCUCUGGUAUCUGUUAUUAUUAUAACGGCGAGGAACAUUUCGAACCGUACAUGAUAAAUGGUGAAAGCAUUCGUGGAAAGAAAACAUUUUAUAAUUUGCGAAUACAGCAACCGCAGCUCUCAGUUCCCGUGCCACAUCUGCAAUUUACGCGAUCCAUAGAACGAACUCUUCCCGAAGCCGAUAAUGAUAAUAAUGAUAAAGAUGAUAAAAAAGAGGAUGUUAAGAAGCCACGGAUAGAAAAGAUUUACGAAAAUAGUAAGAACAUUGUACGAAUUUGUGGCAAUAUCGUCAAUUUCGAAAACAAAUUGCCCAAUUCCUACAUUAAUACUUUUGAAUUCUGCGAUCGAUUUUCUUACAAAGGCGGCGGAUGCUUGAAAUUGAUCACCAGAAAUCACAGAUUGUAUCAUAGAUUAUUUUUGAUUCACAUGAAUUUGGAACAAGACAUUCAAGCGAUUGUCAUUUACGCAGAAACCGAGACUGGUGUCUUGCUGAAUACAUUUCGUGAGGAUCCUAUUCUGAUUUUGGGUAACGAAAGCGGCUUAAAAUCGAUUCUACCUUACAAUUCCAUUAGAAUGGAUGCCAAAUGGAGGAAAUGCACUUAUUUGACGAACUUGAGGACCGUGAAUGAGAUUGGUGUGGCCUUCCUAAGAGAGUGCGAUUGCUAUCUGGGUGAGAUUGUUUUGGAGAAGAAGGAUCAGCAGUUUGAUAAUUAUGAUCCUACGUAUGUCACCAGUCGAAUCAGUGAUUACAACAUUCAAUAAUUUGCUUGGAAUUCCAUAGAGCACAAGCGCGAUCAUUGACAGUCACAUCAGUCGAUAACUAUCAACAGUUAUAAUUAAUCUAUCUAUCAAAAUCUAUCUAACAUAUACAAAAUAUUUUUUACGCAAUUUUGUAAUUACGUAAUUUUUUAAGGUUUCUCCAAAUUCAAGAAACGAGGCAAAUUUAUCAAAGAUAGUUUUUUAUCUAUAUUUUUAUAAAGAUACUUCAUGUAUAAUAAAAUAUAAAAUUGUGAA